CAAAUCAGUCGUAUAAUCAUUCAAUCGGCACAAAUGUUCGGGGAGAACGUACCUAGGUAACAUUAUCUCGGUUACGUACGUUUUGAGUUGGUUCUGUAUGUCACGCGAGUCGUGAUUUUUCUUUUUCUCUUAAAAAUACAAAAAAUCGAACUCGCCGAGUGCGCGAUACUACUUACUACCGCCGUUUAGGUACAUCGUGUGUACUAUAAUUAUUGGAGCGCGUUUCGGUGCCGUUUUCUCGACCUUUGCGCUCCAAUUGCACAUAAUAAUAAUAAUUAUAUUAUACAUUGUUUAUAUUAUAUCUGCCACUGCAGCUGCUCGCAAUCGAAUAGUUUAAUCGAACGCACAGAAACCCGCGUUGCGCUCAUACGGCGCCUUACAGCAUCCGAGGCAGCACGUGCAGCUCGUCAAAAUCAAAAUCAAACAACCGGUUUUUUAUAACAACGAUAACCACAAGUGCGUGAAAACAUAACAUAUGUCUCGUGAUCAUGAGUGACUCAAUGUAGUGUAUUCUCGUGUGGUUAUAGUUUAGUAUCGUUGAACACAGCUGUCAGUGUGCUAAUCUCGUUUUUCGGGAUUCCUUCGGGAUUUCGACGCGUUGCGGGCGCGGUAAAACAAUUUUUACGAUAUUCGGCAGUGCGCACACAUAAUACGACUAACCCGCAAUUAUAUCUUUGAACAUAUCCACAAAAGAUUUCGUCCGUUGGCGGACUUUUGAAAUUUGUCAUCAUCUUUUUCCUUUGCAACCGCCGAAAAUCGUACAUCGCAGUCAUGUUCAACAACACUAGCAAUCUACUGCUGCAGACCAUGCUGUACUUGGCACAGACGGACAACAUCACGUUUCCGUUGAACUACACCGCGGACGCGAACAACGUCAUUUUAGAAGGCGACAACGUGGAGGUAAAGUGCUACGGCGAGUACGGUUGUUUCUCGGUGGCCGGCCCGUGGCAGGACGUCUCCUCCAGGCCGGUAAACGUGUUCCCGGAAAAGGCGGAGAAGAUCGCGCCGCGGUACUGUAUGUACACGCGCAACAACAGGAACGCGUGCCAGUACUUGAACCACAAGGACCGCAAUUCGGUGAUCACGUCCCACCUGAUCCCGUCGAUGCCCACGUACUUCAUCACUCACGGGUUCUUGGAGGGCGGCGACCGGCCGUGGCUGAAGGAAAUCGCCCGGCAGAUCCUGCGACGGUACGACGCCAACGUGAUAAUCAUCGACUGGGAACAGGGCUCGGGGUCGCCGUACACGCAGGCCGUGGCCAACAUACGGAUGGUGGGCAGGAUAACGGCACACCUGAUAAACGUGAUACGAACAGAACUCGGAUUAAACGUCGCCAACGUUCAUCUAAUCGGUCAUAGUUUAGGAUCACAUCUCUGUGGUUACGUCGGGAGCGUACUGAGGACAAACUUUGGCGUGACGGUGGGUCGAAUUACUGGUUUAGACCCGGCUGAGCCUCAUUUCAGCCAGACCGAUCCGAUGGUGAGGUUAGAUCCUUCAGACGCCUUGUACGUGGACAUCAUACACACCGAUUCCAGGCCGUUUAUAAAAGGAGGCGAAUUAGGUCUGGGAAUGAGUGCACCGAUAGGGCAUUUAGAUUUUUAUCCAAACGGAGGUGAGAAUCAACCGGGGUGUAAUCAAGGUAUGAUGAAGUAUAUUAACCGCGAAAACGGUAGUUUCUAUCAAGGAAUGAGAAGAUUCUUGGCCUGCGAUCAUGUCAGAGCACACGAAUAUUUUAACGAAUCCGUGAAUACACUUUGCAACUUUGUAGCAAUUGAAUGCGAUUCUUAUGAAGAAUUCUUAAGUGGAGAAUGUUUUUCAUGCUUGAGCGAUACGAACCCUGAUGGUAAAAUCUGUGCAGAAAUGGGUAUGCGAUCGUCGGGCCACUGGAAAAAAUAUGCCGCUACUAUUGCCAGUUCCAUUGAUCCUAAUGCAUCUCCACACAUACGUUUAUACUCGCUCACCAACGGAGACUCACCAUUUUGCACGUAUUUAUAUCGAGUGACUUUGACUUUGGCAAAUUCACAAUUGAGCAAAGACCAUGGUGGUGAAGUAGGGCAUUUUUUGGUGCAGCUCGAAGGAACUGAAUCGAAGUCAAAACUUUUGAACGUAUUCAAAGAACAACAUUACAAACCAGGCAGUGUCCACCGUCGGGUGUUCGGGUCCAGUAGUGUAGGGUCUAUCAAAUCGGUACUAUUGGUUUGGAACCACUCGACCACAAUGAACAUACUAACCUGGAGAUUCGAAGCUCCGGUCAUCUACGUCGAAUCUCUGACUAUCGAGACUUUCAACGGCGGCCAAAAACUAAAACUAUGUCCACCGAAAUUAAUAGCUUUAGAAGCCGGCCUAUCGUUUAGAAUGAUUCCGUGUUAACACUAUUAACAAUACACAUGAAUAACGAAGAUACGAAUUUUGAAGUUUAAUUUUCAUAAUCAUAUUUCAUAUUCAUAUUUGGUAAGGUUGAAGGCGAUUUUAUUUAUGUGUAUAUUUUGAACUACAGUAUAUAAUUAACGAUACCUAUUUACCUGUUUAUUUUUAUUCAAACGUGAUUAUAUUUUUAAUUUUAUCGCUUGUAAAAUGUGUACCAAAAUGUUAUGUUUAUUUAUUUAUUUAAGUUUAAGGUAUAUUCUCAUGUUUACGUAUAGUGGUACAAUAUAAGUAAUUCCUGAUACCCUAUUUACUAUUUAUAUUAUACUCGAUACUUUUUUUUUAAUUUUAGGAGUAGUUACCUACCUAUGUUUUGUACAAUAUCAUUAUUAAUCUAUAUUGUUAUUUAUAUAUUUAUUUAUUUAUGUCUUUAUUUGUUAUAAUUUUUUUUAAAUAAAUUAUUGAAUUGGAGUGAUAAUAAAUGUCAUGGUGCGAGUUAAAUGGCGUUUAAAAAAAUCGUCUAUGGGUACCAUGAUGUAUAGUUUACU